AUGGUACAAGUCCCCCCACAGCUUCUCCGAGAGGCAUUUGCGAGAGUCAAACUGUACAUCUUGCCCGCAAGACCGGAAAGGCGGAUGGGGGUACGACCAAAAGGGGUGGUACUUUGGUCUCGAUUGACGGACUUGCUUGGGAAUACUCACGGGUGGUGCGACGAAUCAGGCGGUAGCCAAGUUCGGGAGAACACGACGUUCACGGCGCUGGAAAAAGCGUGA